CCUCUGUCUUUGCUGAAGUCUGCAGUAAAGCAAGAUCUCUCUGCUCCUGUUGGGAAGCAACGGUGGUAUAUUCAAAGUAAGGGAGAGUGAGGGUCAAAGUCCCUUUAAAAAAAAAAAAAGUGAAAUACAGUAUUGUGCAUCUUGAAAUCUGAGACCAAGAAACAGAAGUGCAAGGGAAACAAGGGGGGAAGCCUUGCAAUUCCUGAGGACAACUGUUGCAAGUGGAGUUUUAAGGAGUAAAAUACCUGUCUAUGCACUUAAAGGGUAUUUGAAUGGCUUCUGGGGAGAAGGCUGUGAAAUAAAGGAGAUCAAAGGAAGAAGACUUUUGUUCUUUUUUUUUUCCCCUCUCUCUCAUCCUCUCUGGAUAUAAUGGCCAUUGCAAAGCAAAGCAUCUCCAGAUUUGGCUUCAAGUGUUUCUUCUUUGCGGCUUUUCUGCUGGUGUGUGAUGGACACAGUGGGAAGAGAGAGAACGGGGGUCCUGCCUGCUACGGAGGGUUUGAUUUGUACUUCAUUCUGGACAAAUCAGGAAGUGUCCUGCACCAUUGGAAUGAAAUAUAUCAUUUUGUGGAACAUUUGGCCCGCAAGUUCAUAAGCCCUCAGCUGAGGAUGUCCUUCAUCGUUUUUUCAACCAGAGGAACAACUCUGAUGAAAUUAACAGAAGACAGGGAACAGAUACGUCAGGGUCUAGAAGAGCUUCAGAAAGUCCUUCCAGGAGGUGACACAUACAUGCAUGAAGGAUUCGAAAGGGCAAGUGAACAGAUUUACUAUGAAAAUGUUCAUGGUUACAGAACUGCAAGUGUCAUCAUUGCAUUGACAGAUGGAGAACUCCAUGAAGACCUAUUUUUCUACUCUGAGAGGGAGGCCAAUCGGUCAAGAGAGCUGGGAGCAACAGUAUAUUGUGUUGGUGUGAAGGACUUCAAUGAAACCCAGCUGGCAAGAAUUGCUGACAGCAAAGAUCAUGUCUUUCCUGUGAAUGAUGGUUUUGAAGCCCUGCAGGGAAUUAUUGACUCUAUUUUGAAGAAAUCCUGUAUCGAAAUUCUGGCUGCAGAGCCUUCCAGUAUAUGUGCAGGAGAGUCAUUCCAGGUUGUUGUGAGAGGAAAUGGAUUUCGACAUGCUCGUAACGUCGACAGAGUACUCUGCAGCUUCAGGAUCAAUGACACAGUCACUCUCAAUGAGAAGCCUUUUGUCGUGGAAGAUACCUAUUUACUCUGCCCAGCACCUGUGCUGCGAGAAGUUGGCAUGGAGGCAGCUCUUCAAGUCAGCAUGAAUGAUGGUCUAAGCUUCAUCUCCAGCUCUGUCAUCAUCUCCAGCACGCACUGUUCAGAUGGGACCAUCCUGGCUAUAGCUCUGUUGAUCCUCUUCCUGCUGCUGGCACUGGCUCUCCUCUGGUGGUUCUGGCCUCUUUGCUGCACAGUGAUCAUCAAAGAGCCCCCUCCACCUCCUGCAGAAGACAGUGAGGAGGAAGAUGAUGAUGGUCUUCCAAAGAAGAAAUGGCCAACAGUGGAUGCUUCUUAUUAUGGCGGUCGAGGUGUUGGUGGUAUCAAGAGAAUGGAGGUGCGCUGGGGAGAAAAGGGCUCAACAGAAGAAGGUGCUAAGUUAGAGAAAGCCAAGAAUGCCAGGGUCAAGAUGCCAGAACAGGAAUAUGAGUUCCCCGAACCCAGGAAUCUUGCAAACAACAUGCGCAGACCUUCCUCUCCUCGGAAGUGGUACUCUCCAAUCAAGGGGAAGUUGGAUGCUCUCUGGGUCUUGCUGCGGAAAGGUUACGACCGUGUAUCUGUGAUGCGCCCACAACCAGGAGACAAGGGCCGUUGCAUCAAUUUCACCCGAGUGAAGAACGCGGACGCCCCCCCCAAAUACCCCCUCAACAACACCUACCCCCUGCCUCCCCCUCCCCCAGCCCCUAUCUACAACCCCCCUCCCCCAGCCCCCAUCUACACCCCACCCCCCCCCAGCUCUCCCACACCCCACGCCCCCUCCCCAUCCUCCACGCUUCCCCCUCUCCCCCCACUGCCCCAAGUCCCACCACCCAACAGGGCCCCACCUCCAUCCCGGCCCCCUCCUCGCCCUACAGUCUAGGGGUCCCAUCUCUUCUAGAAGCAUUUGAGGGUGUUUGUUGUUUUUUUUUUUCAGCAGUACUGUAUCAUGUCCAUCUUUGGGGUGGGGGGUGGGGGGGUGGGAAGGGGCAGAGGAAGCCACACCGGUUUUGGAAUGGGACAGAACAAACGACUUCAUCGUCGCCUUUCUCCUUUCAUUUUCUGUUGUCCUUAAAACCCCUUGAGCAUCAGUGACACCAAACUAUCAUAGCAAGAAAAGCCAAGAGACUGCAGGAGCAAAGCGAGUGACUCCAGCUCUGUUUCAGCAAGGCUCCCCCCCCCGACACUGCUUCCCCGUGCCUCAUCGCAGUGAUUCCAGGAUAAAUGGUUGAAGGUUCUCCCCAGGGAAGGGCUGCAAAAGGCUCCUUCAGGUGCAAAAGCGUGGAGCAUCCUGAAGACAUCUGCAUAAAUUCAUGGUAUGAGACUCAAGGGAUGACAGAAAGCCAGCUUGCAUGCCAGCUGCCAGGUGAAUAAGGACGACAGCAGGUCUGCAAGCACAGAAACCCCGUAAAUGUGGAGCAGAAUUGAUGGUGAGCAGCUGUUCCCAUGGCCUGUGAAUUGGAGAAGUGAAGGCCACCUCAGAGGGUCCAAAAAGGAGAAGGGGUAGGUCUCUGGUGUCUGGUUUGGGGUAUGUUGGGAUGUGGAAGUGCAGGUGAAUGAAAACGAAGUGCCAGCAGGCAAAUGGAUCACAUGGGAAAUCAAUCAAUGAAUCACCAGGCUUCAGCCUCCUCCCAAGAGGACAGCAGUGAGACACAGCAGGUCAGUGCUCCCAGCAGGACAGAGGGGCUCCCAGCAAUGAGGAAAGAUCUGGUUGACAGAAGAGUCUCUACAUUUGGCUUGGACUAAUUACGUCCAUCUAAUUAACACCUCUGCAGUUCAGCGCUGUAAUUUAAUGCUGUUUUCCAUUCUUAAAGGAAAGUUUCUGAGUACAAACAGGUGGUUAGGCGUAUCAGUUUCUCUAAAUCCAGUCUGCUUGGGCUCCUUGUUAUUGUCAGUUUGAAAUGGUUACCACUGAUGCGUUCCUGUUUUUUCUGUAAAUUACGUACUUUUGCCCCGAAAAUAUUUCCACAUGGACUUUGAUUCUUUGUUUUCUCUCCCUGAAUAAGUAGCAGAUGUCUUCCACGCUCAAAGAGCCAGUGUGCUUACUCACCCUUGUCAACUCUCAGCAACAUCACUUCUCUACGCAGUUCUUGACGAUGGCAAAAAUCCCACACCAGAUGCAAAAUGGGAAUCGGUCUUCCAAGAAAUGCACUGGAUGCAUUUCUCCACGCUUUCCUCUUCGUGGGACUCCCACCAUAUUCCACACCACAGCAAACUUUCUGAGUUAUGAGUAUCACGUGCCUAGUGAUAGCAAUAGGGGAGGUCACUGCACUUCAGUCUCUGUUUGAUGGUCAGGAUUGGUUCUCAUGAAAGGACUGGAAACUGUCAAGUUAUAAAGGGUAAAGCUGUCUUGUGCUAUGAAUAUCUAAGGGUUCUCAUGCUCGUAUCAUUUUGUACCAGGUAAAGAAAUGCAUUGCCGAGUGCUUACUUCAGUGCUGUUGGAAAUACUAAUUCUAGCUUUUCUUGCUAUUAAAAAGAAAAAAAUAAAAAUUAAAAAAAGGAAAAAAAAAUAUCAAGGAGGAAAAAGAACAGAUGAAAAAGACUCAGUGGAGACCUGUCUUGGGACCUCUUCGUAAGGACAUCUGUGAAUGAAGCCUGACCGUGAGGCCCAGGGUCAAGCUAACCCACGUUCGGUCAAUGCGCCGCUUUUAGGUGCCAUAAACACAGCAAAUACGAUGGAUCCGAAGACUCAUCUGAAGGGUGACCAUUCACCCCAACACUGUUUUGUCUGCAGGCGGCACAGAGCAGUCCCCAGUUUGGAGCAAAAACCCAUUUUUGCCACUCUCUAUGUCAAGUUCUAUGAGGUGGAGGGCACGGUUGGUUCAAUGAGAUGACUUGGUGAUGGCGGCGUUGGAGUGGGAAGAUUGGUUGGAUUCCCUCUGAUGAUGAAUGGGGUUUGGUGAGAUGUUCUAUGAGUAUGAUGUAACACAGGAUCAAUAAAUAUCUCCCUCAACAGAACCUCAAAACGGGUUGGAAAAAAGAUUGAUUUUCAGCAUUAUGGCAUCAAGGGGUGGGGUUUUUUUUAGUGUCAAUUAAGCAAUAAACAUAAACCCAUAAAUCUCAAAGCUACUGCUGGGGAAAAAGAGUAAUAGCAGUUUAUGCUCCAUGACUGAAGCAAACUCCUUGCAGAUGUAUAUAGGAAUUUUCCCUCUCCCCAAACAGAGGGGGAAAAUAAAUCCACUGUAGGAAAGAAGCAAAACGAAGCAUACAUCGGGCUAGGAAAACAACCAUUGCAAAAUACCCUCCCAUGUAAUCAUCCCCUUUAUGAAUAAAAAAUGAACUCCAAAUUUGUUGUUGUUGUUGUACAUAUUAUUACUGCAUGCUUACCAUAUGUUAGAUGGAAGCAUUUCCUAUCCCAUGUGGAUAAAAGAACAUUUGUCAAGUUGUAGUAAAUUAUUAUGAAGCCAGUGACAUUUCAUGGCAUGUUUAUUGUAUCAAGCUGUGCUUGUUGUAUUAUUUUUUUUCCCUUUAUGGUUGUAUGGCUUGUUUUUUUUAUAUAAGUGUACAAAUAUUCCCUGUAGUGACGAGCACCUGCUUUACGUAGCACUAAUUGAGGCACACGAGGACACCGGGCUGCCCAGCCUUCCAUGCAUUGGGAAGAGUUUUGCACAUCCCCCAUCAGAACUGAAUUUAAGGUAGUGAAGAUCUGGGCCCAAGCUGAAAUGAACUCACAGGCAAUUAAUGCUAUGUAAAUUAGGUCGAAUUAGCUGGUGUGCUGUGUGCUGAUAUAUGGCGCCCUAUGUAUUCUCUCUGUAUAAAACUCUCCUAGAAACACAUUACACAGGCUGUCAAUCCACACUAGCCAGUUGUUAAGUAAAGACUCGUUACAGAUCAAAAGGAGCUGAGUGGAGCUACAUCUGCUCCAUGAUUUCAAAGGACUUCAGCAGAUCUCUCUGUUUACUACUUUCACAUGCUCAUAUACGGGGUCGGUCUAAAUAGCAAUAAACAGAUGUCCGAUGGCAUUAAUAAACAGUUUUCUUUGCUCAACAUAGAUCACUUUGAUUAUCCCUUUGUGUUUAAUUCAAGCAAAGCUUUCUAUCAUUGCACCAGAGGACCGAGCAGCUGCGUUCAACAAAGAUUCCAACAUCACACAUUAUUGCUGGCUGCAUUUUGAAGCAUUUACCCCUAUGAGCUUUGGUGGCCAUCAGAAUUCUUCCUUGGUGCACGAAGGCAUCAGAAUUCUUCCUUGGUGCACAAAGGCAUCUUCUGUCACUGUUUAUCCUGGGGAAUGUCUGCCUUUGGAGCAAUCUGUGCACAUUGCCCUCUAUGUGGUGCUGAUGCAGCAAAGGAAAAGAAAGAAACCUUCUGCUCUGAUGUUGGAUUGUGUUCUGUCACCUCAGCCAGCGCUGUGCAAUGUUGUUUUAUUCCCUCUGUUUGUUGCAUGUGUCAUUUGUUAAAUUCAGUCAUUAUUCUUGCUGACCUUUGAUGUUAUUAUUAAAGAACUACACAAAUUUA